GUUUGGUUACUAUUGCCGCUGCAAUGAAAAUAUCAGCAGAGGAGGAUGCGAGUGGGUGCAGUUUAUUAAUUAGCAACAUUUGACCGAUGGUGGGUGCCUGUGGGGAAAAUGUGGCGUGUGUCAAGUCCUACACCCUCUGGAUCACUCCCAGGACCAUGCGCUGGGCCGCCCCAUGACCUGCUGUAACCAGGCUCCGUCUCCACUAUCUCCCCACUAACAAGCUUGCACCCCUGUGGCCUUUCAACUCCAGGAAGUCUCCUGCCAUCGGUGAUGUGAUGAAUAAAUUUGAAGUCCUUGGAAUCGUGGGUGAAGGAGCCUAUGGUGUAGUCCUGAAGUGUCGACACAAGGACACAAAUGAAAUUGUGGCCAUUAAGAAGUUCAAGGACAGCGAGGAGAAUGAAGAGGUCAAGGAGACGACCCUUCGGGAGCUGAAGAUGCUCCGCACACUGAAGCAGGAGAACAUUGUGGAGCUGAAGGAGGCCUUCCGCCGACGAGGAAAACUCUAUCUGGUCUUUGAGUACGUGGAGAAGAACAUGCUGGAAUUGCUGGAGGAGUUCCCGAAUGGCGCUCCACCGGAGAAAGUGCGGAACUACAUCUACCAGUUAAUCAAAGCAAUCCACUGGUGUCAUAAGAAUGACAUUGUGCACAGAGAUAUCAAGCCAGAGAACCUCCUCAUCAGCUCGGACGACGUGCUCAAGCUGUGUGACUUUGGCUUUGCCCGUAACCUGUCAGAGGGGAAUGAUGCCAACUACACCGAGUAUGUGGCCACCAGAUGGUACCGCUCACCGGAGCUGCUUCUGGGCGCCCCUUAUGGGAAGGCGGUGGACAUGUGGUCGGUAGGCUGCAUCCUGGGCGAGCUGAGUGACGGUCAGCCUCUGUUCCCGGGCGAGAGCGAGAUCGACCAGCUCUACACCAUCCAGAAGGUGCUGGGCCCGCUGCCCCCCGAGCAGAUGAAGCUCUUCUACAAUAACCCUCGCUUCCAUGGCCUGAGGUUCCCCACAGUAAACCAUCCCCAGACUCUGGAAAGAAGAUAUCUGGGCAUACUCAAUAGCGUCUUGCUGGACCUGAUGAAGAACCUACUGCUGCUGAACCCCAACGAGCGCUUUCUCACGGAGCAGAGCCUCAACCACCAAGCCUUCCAGAACCAGCGCAUUGGCGAGCGGCCCGGUCCCCUCACGCCCACCCCUGUUCGCUCCUCAAAGAGGAAGCCACACCAUGACAACACUGCCUCCAGCAGAAGUCAUGGAUCGAAGAGUUCUGGUCACCACCGCUCCAACAGCCGGGACUGCUCCAGCCUGCCACGUCACGAGGACUUGCACCCGCCGGGCAGCUCGGAGGCAUUCCUGAACGGCAACGUGCCCUCGGCCGCAGCCUCCAGCCUCAGCCCCACGCUGCACCCCAAGAGCUACCAGCCGCAGAGCCUCAACCGCUCGGCCUCCUGCGGCAAAGACCUGGCCAUGUCUAACCACAGCAACCUGCCUCACAUGCUCCAAGGCUCCAAGGACCCCGACUUUGACAUUGGACCGGGCCCCGGCAAGCCUGCUGAUGGACCGGGAGCCAAGUACCUCAAGUCCAUGGGCUCCCGCUCGCAGAAUCGCCACUCCUUUGUGGAGGGCAAGACCGGCACGUUGCAGGGGGACCGUGAAAAGCAUGGUCGACACGGCUACGGGGAAGCGCUGUCCUCUUCAGGCGACAGGAAAGCCUCAUCGUUCCUGAGUUUCUCCAAGAGCCAUGGCAUGCUUAGUGACGCCAAGUCAGUUGGCAACCUGAGUGACCCGCGUCUGAUCCCGGACGAGCCCCCACCUAGCCGCUACUUCCCCGCUAGCUGCUUAGACCUGCACCAGGGCCUGACCGCGCCUGGUAGCCCUUCCCUGCGCCAUAACGACCGCAGUGGACACAGCCCGGCAGCCGCCUCCACCUCUUCGUCCUCCCGCGGCAACAAGGGAGAGCGAGAGGGCGGAACGUUAGACUCGUCCUUCCGCCGCUCGUCGUCGCGCCACAAGAGCCAGCAGCAGGACGACUCCAAAUCCCCCGACGCCCUGGACCCCGGAGGAGGUGGCAGGAGCCACGGUCACUCCCUCUCAGCGCCCCACGAGGCGGCGCUCCCCUACGGCCUGGGCUACACCAGCCCUUUCUCCUCCCAGCAGCGGCCCCAUCGCCACUCCAUGUACGUGCGGCGCGAGCGAGGGCGUCCCCAUGGCACGGACAACGGCGGCGGAGGAGGAGGUGGUGGUGGUGGUGGUGGUGGUGGUGGCGGCGGCGGAGGCCUGGCAGUUGGGCAGGGCAUGCCAGUCCGAGCCAGCAGCCUGCAGCUGCUCUCGCCUCAGCUGCAACACCGCACACUGCCCCGCCAUAUGGGCAGCUCUGUCUCCAGAGAGGACCUGGGAGAAGACAUGGGCAGGAGCGAGCCACCACUCGCCUCCGACGCGCCCCACUCCCGGCCCCUAAUCAGGGACUCCACGCGGGACAACACCACAUCCUCCUUUCACGCCCCGCGCCAGAAGAGCGAGGUGGGCAUGUACCACGAGCAGCACCCCGAGGACACCGGCUCCUCGAAGGAGAACCGCAUGAUCUACAGCGAGUCCAUGCCCCGCAGGGUGGGAAGCUUCUACAGGGUGCCCUCUCCUCGACCGGACAACUCCUUUCAUGACAGUGGGAACCAGAACCGUGGCUCGGGGUUGACCGGAGGGGACAGCAGCUCCAUGAGCAACCACGCCAAACGCCAGCCUGCCUUUGACCCCUGGACGGGACCGGAGGCUGUCAGCAUGAACGCCCCUGAGCCACCCAAAGAGAAAGAGAAGCAGGGCUUCUUCAGAGCAAUAAAGAAGAAGAAGAAGAAGUCCCAGACGGCUGACGUCGUAGAUGGACGGAGUCCCAUCAUCAAGAAAUGUCUUUUCCCCCUGUUUAACUCAAAGAGUCACUUAAAGCAUAACUCCUCUAUGAAAGUGCUCCCUGUAGUGUCUUCACCGAUGGUCCCGACCGAUGGACCGGAUCCUGUGGUCAUGCAGAAGUCAGUCAGGUCAUCCUCGCACCAAAGCAGCCGUCAUCGGAACCGGACGCGAGACCGCGAUCGCGACCUGGAGCAAGAUCGAGAUGAGUGGAACAUUGAGAAGAUUACAGAACCUCCUCCUCAGAAUCAGCCUCUCAGGUCCCUGAGGAAGCUCCUGCAUCUGUCCAGCUCCUCGUCCAACCAGAAUGUGCCCUCCGAACUGCGCUUCCAGGCACUGCCCAACCCGCCCUCCUCCAAGAGCGGGGGCUUCGCCGAGGCCCGCAGUGGCCACCAGGGGGGAGGCGGAGGAGGGGUGGGGGUCUCAUCGCAGUCCAAGAGCCGGCAGGCCGUGUACCCACUCCCGGGGCAGCUGGAGUCCAGCUGGCACGCUUCGGCCCUGGGCCGCGCCGACGGGAACCCCUACCCCGACCAACUGGCCGCCCAGGGAGGCCAGAACGGCCACGGCUUCGGCCGGCCCCCUCGCUCGCGGAUGCCAAACCUCAACGACCUGAAAGAAACAGCUCUUUAAGGGACAGAGCCAUUAUCUUACUCUCCCCACAGUGACCCCUGCUGUCCUGGAUGACAAUGACAGUAUCCUAUAGAUUGCCUCUGAGCCACUGAUGGUAUUGGGAAGCACUCAUGCAGGGAAAUGGUGGGUCUAAUAAAUGUCUUAAUUUUU